CUGCCCAGCCUCUUCCCUUUUCUGGGCUUAAGUUUGACUAGCUGGCUAUGAGAGGUAACACUGCCACGGUCUGACUACCUCUCGAGGCAGGGCCCACGUGACCGUCCCAGGCGCCUUUUCCGGGCCGGAGGUGACGUUACGGGUGCCGGGGUUCCCGGAAGUGAGGGGCGCGGGAAAUCUGAGGGGGUGGGACCGAAAAGAUAGUUGCGCCGGAAGUUAGGGGUGGGUGGAGAAAGUGACCGGAAGUGAACACUUGCAGACCGGCCAGGAAAGAGAGGGAAGAGGGAGGAGGUGCCAACCCUUCAUCCCGGACCCAGUGGCGGCCCGGCCUCCUCUACUCGGGCCCUCAGCCCCGGUCAUGAAGCUGAAGCUGAAGAACGUCUUUCUCGUCUACUUCUUAGUGUCCCUGAGUGGCCUCCUCUACGCGCUCCUGCAGCUUGGCCAGCCCUGUGACUGCUCCCCACAUCUUCGGGCAGCGGCAGAACACUUACGAAGGAAAGACUUGAAGAUCUCCCAGUUGCAAGCUGAGCUUGGCCGGCCACCUCCUGCCCCUGCCCAGCCCCCUGAACCUGAGGCUCUUCCCACCAUCUAUGUGGUGACUCCUACCUAUGCCAGGCUGGUGCAGAAGGCUGAGCUGAUCCGCCUGUCCCAGACCCUGUCCUUGGUACCCAGACUACACUGGGUGCUGGUGGAGGAUGCUGAGGCCCCUACUCCACUGGUCUCGGGUCUGUUGGCAGCCUCUGGCCUCAGAUUCACUCACCUGGUAGCCCUCACACCUAAAGGCCAACGCCUUCGAGAAGGGGAGCCAGGCUGGGUACGGCCCCGGGGUGUGGAGCAGCGAAACCGAGCCUUGGCCUGGCUCCGAGGAAAAGAGGCUGCAGCUGGUGGGGAAAGGGAGCCGCCCCCUGUAGGGGCUCGUGGGGUCGUGUACUUUGCGGAUGAUGACAAUACCUAUAGCCGGGAACUCUUUGAGGAGAUGAGAGGAACCAGAGGUGUUUCAGUGUGGCCGGUGGGGCUGGUCGGUGGCCUCCGGUUCGAAGGACCCCAAGUGCAGGGGGGCCAGGUGGUGGGCUUUCACACAGCCUGGGAGCCUGACCGGCCCUUCCCUCUGGACAUGGCUGGCUUCGCUGUAUCGCUGUCUCUUCUUCGGUCUCGGCCUGGGGCCCAGUUUGAUCCCACAGCCCCCCGGGGCCACCUGGAGAGCAGUCUCCUCAGCCAUCUCAUCGACCCCAAGGAUCUGGAACCCCGGGCUUCCAACUGCACUCGGGUAAAGGGUCGGGAACUGGGGGGGGCAGGAUUAGAAAAGAGAGCUACUUUCUCAGGCAGAAGCCUGCAGUCACUUGUCAUCCGGGGCUCUCAGCACAGGGCUUCCUAUUUGAACAUCUUAAAGUGAGCACUUUAGAGUCCUGCCAUCACAGGUCUGGCCAUUGAAGAGGAGAGGCACCAAAAUGGCAGCCGUGGCAUUCAGGGGGGCGGAGAAGCUCUUGUGAAAGUACGCGCUGGGUACCCCAAAGGAAAUCUGCCCUUUUGGUUAGGAGGCCAAGGAAGAGAGCACCUCACGUAGCCUGCAUUGAAGGGUUCCGCCUCCCCUCCCCGUCUGACUGGUAGUUGCAGGAGUCUCAUCAUCCUUAAGGGCCUCUGCCAGCUCCAGGUGGGCUCUUGGGACUGGCACCGUCUCUGACUAGGGUGGGCCGGUGCCAAUUGCAGGUGCUGGUGUGGCACACGAGAACUGAGAAGCCCAAGAUGAAACAGGAAGAGCAGCUGCAAAGACAGGGACGGGGCUCAGACCCCGGCAUCGAGGUGUGACCCGGGCUGCCGCUGCCAUCAGAUGACGAUGAGACUCCCUGGGAUGUAGGUAUGCUUCGAAGAGCUGGCUCCCGGGCCUGCCCCUGUGGGCAGUGGCUUCUCCCUCCCCCCACGUUGUUGCCAGGAAGAGCUUGCCAGAGAGGGCAAGUGGUGGUGUGUCAGCCCAGCCCUGGGUGGGUGGGGAAGACAUCCAAGGACAGAUGGACUCGGCUGGAAGAACAGGGACGUUUGCCCGAUGAGUGGUGCUGUUCGGUUUCUCAGUGGGCAUGGGCAUGCAUUUCAGGGCCUGAUCAGAAGGGGGCUGAUGGGUCCCUCCCCACAGUGAGCAUGUUCCCCCAUUCCUACCUCCAGAAUAAAGUAUGUCAAUCGUGA